UUAUGUCUUUUGUUUUCAACAAUUCUUUUAGCACUUUUGAUACCAUGUAUAUAUGCAUCCAUGACCAUGAGCACCUCCCCCUCCUCCCUAUCUACACCUAAAUAUUCUCUCUCAUCUUCCUCCUUGAUUUAGGCUUUAGCUAUUAUUAACCCAGAAGGCUCUGACAUUUCUCUCGAUCUCAAUAUCCUUGAUUUGUUUAUCUCUAUCAUGGCUAGUCAAGAAGAGGGUAUCAAGCUCUUCGGCGCAACAAUUACGCUGCAUGACGGGCAGGUAAUCAGUAAAGAAGAUCAAAACAAAGAAAAUCCAACCAUUGACAAGAGGCCAGAGAAGAUCAUACAAUGCCCUAGAUGCAAGAGCAUGGAGACCAAGUUUUGUUACUUCAACAACUACAAUGUUAACCAGCCAAGACAUUUCUGUAAGGGCUGCCAGAGGUACUGGACGGCAGGUGGGGCCCUUCGAAAUGUUCCCGUUGGAGCCGGCCGCCGGAAAACUAAGCCGCCUGGGCGGGGUGGUCCUGGUGGGUAUUCAGAGGAGUGCUUGUUCGAUGGCUCUGGUGGGGUGAUUCACCAGUUUGAGCUAGAUGGAGUUGUUUUGGAGGAGUUGCACUUGGCAACCACCCAUGGCGGUUUCCGUCAGGUCUUCCCCGUGAAGCGGCGGAGGAGCGGUGGCUCAGGUGGUCAAAACUGUUGGUGAUCUUGAACUCCUGUCUCACAAUUAUUACCACGCGUGUAUUAUGUAUACAAAACCGGUUUUGAUCAAGAACCUAACUUUCUAAUGGUAGUUCUAUGCAUGUAUGUACAUAUUAACAUCAGAACUUGAUAUUUUGUCUUCGA